AUGGGCACUGAACAGGGAGAAGGGGACGGAGCGAUCCCUGCAGAGCCCGCCACGAAGACAAUGCAAGUUGUCGUGCACAGCAUCGCUGGUGAGGAGCUUCUGGCGAUGCAAUGCCAAGCGGACUGGACUGUGUCAGACGUCGCAGGAAAGGUGGAGCCCAAGUUGCCAGGACUGUGGCAAGUGAAACUCCAACUGGUGGAUCAGGUCCUGCAGGGCGAUGAAAGCCUGGGCGAUUUGGCGAGCAGUGGCGAUCUGGAACUGACGGCAGUCUUCUUGCGAGAAACCGUCGCCGGUGUCUAUGUGGCAUGGGCUUGCAGCAUUCUCGUUCUGCAUCCGGACCAUCGGGCAACGUAUCUCUGGUACGAUGACUACUGGGAAGAUCCGCUGAUGCGAAGCUGCCCCCAGAAAACUGCAGCGGAAUGGGCCAGUGAGGAGGCCACCGGCAGCUGGAGCUUGGACGGCGUAGAUCUGGCCGCCAAUGCUGUGGAAGAUUAUAUGAAUGAUGACCUGCAUCUGACCGCCAAAGUUACAAGAAGCCCAGAGGCUCUGAAGCAAGGCAUCUCCGAGAUCAUGCUCGUCACCAAGUUAUAUCACAAGUUUGGCGACGAUGCAGAGAGGAGCACCGAACCAGAAGAUAAGAUGUUUUACAAAGUGUGCCAUUUCGACGACGAAGCUGCCGUUCAACUUGAUGAACAUGGUCCAGGGAAGCGGGAAGACCCUGCUGCAACCUGA